CAUGUCCAGUACCAGACAAUAUCUCGUUUCCGCAGUGACUGUCGGUGUAGUCCAUGGAGAGUCCAAAGGAAAGAAAGACUCACCUGCAUGUCCAUGCAGUGUUCCACACCCUUCUGAGAGGGGUCGAUUCAAUCCGAAAGAGACUCUGCAUGUACCGUUAUUACCAAGCGCGUGCUGGAACCGAAUGAGUGCUAACAGAGAGCAGAAAGUCGCCACUCCGCGCAGGUUGUCCGGUUGCCGCAAGAAACGUUCCCGCUACUGUAUUAGCCUCCGCCGAAAAGCUGCGAUAUGGCAUACCCUUCUACGAUCCAAGCCAUAACCAUCACUGAGACUGGUGGUCCUGAGGUUCUCGAGAAAACCGAGAUACCCCGGGGAAUUUAUCCUCCGGAUAAGUUCCCUUUCGUUAUAGGCGUUGAGGUUUCUGGGACCAUCGUUCGCCUCCCGACAGACCCUGCCGUCCUCAACGACCCUGACUACCAGAAGCGAGAGUACAAGCAUGGCUCCCGAGUUGCCGUGGACAGUCUGAGCUCCCAUGCGGAAUAUAUUUCGGUGGCCUGGAAGACAGCGUACCCUGUGCCUGAAAGUAUAACGGCUCGUACUGCAGCCGCAUCCCUGAUUCAGGGUUUGACUGCCAUCUCUUUCAUGGAGGAGUCAUACAAUGUCCAGAAGGGUGACAUCAUUUUAAUCCACACUAUUGCGGGUGGAUUGGGCUUGCUCAUGUGUCAAUUUGCCAAAUAUCGGGGGGCGAUGGUCAUCGGAACGACAAGCAACGGCGCAGACCAUGUUAUCACUUAUAAGGAAGAGGAUACUGUUGCCAGAGUGUUAGAUAUCACGAAUGACGAAGGUGUACAUGCAAUAUUCGACGGCGUGGGCAAAGAUACCUUCGAGGCCGAUUUCCGCAUGAUCAGGAGGAAAGGAACGCUAGUCUCUAUGGGAGGGGCCUCGGGACCAGUACCACCCUUCGCUCCUCUGAAGCUAUCCGAGAAAAAUGUUAGAAUAGUGCGGCCAAGGAUGAGCAACUACGCCUAUACACCAAGCGAAUCAUUGUAUUACGGGGAUGCGCUAUUUAGCCCUCCUCCUUUGAUUCACAAGGAAUAUCCAUUCACAGCUGAGGGUGCUCGUGAAGCUCAUAUGGAUUUGAUUGGCGGAAAGACGGUAGGGAAACUACUGAUCAAGGUUGGCAACUGAGUGGUGUGUUAGACGACGUGUAGUAGAGUGACCAUAAAAAAGAAUAUAUGUAUAUCUGACGUUUAAUUUCCCAGUGUACGAUACCGAUACUGUUCAGCAGCUCGCAGACCUGCACCAAUUCACUAGGCCUUUGGAUGCUGCCGUGUUCACUGUUAUGCAUUUCAAAUCGCGGCGGCCGUUUAUAGAAAGUUUUGUACUUCGGAGGAGUGUCGAAGCCCGCGCGACUAGUGUGCCCUUGUUUUUU